UGGCAUUUAAAAUUGUAAAAUCCUGAAAUGAAUGAAUAUUUGGUAGUUAUAAUCAGGACUGAUGUUGGUUAAAAAAAUUACUAAUUGAAAGUGGAAAAUAAUAUUAAUAUUCAUAUAUAAUAUUAUUAUGGCAGUUUUUGACGCAGACAUUUUUGCCCUCUAAGGACCUCUGAUUAACUUUCUUAAAUUGUCCCAAAAGGGUUAAAAGUCUGAUUUCAGUCCGACUAAAGCAAUAAUUGUAUUUUUUAAUGUCAAGUAAGUCCGACCGAAAUCGAACGAACGGAUCUAGAAAAUGCGAUUGUGGCUCGGCGUUGUGCGCAUGCUCAGAAAUCCCCCGGCGGAAGUCGAACACAACACAAAGCAGAGAAGAAGAAAGAGUGCAGGAAGAACAACAGCAACACAGGCUGUCAUGGCGAACAGUAGAAAUGCUCAUGUUUGGACGGAUCGGGAGACGGUGUUCAUGUUAUUGCAGCUGAAAGAGCUCAAUAUUUUAAAAUGCAUGGACGGGCGUAAACUGAGGAACGGCGAACCUUUUAAAAAAGUUGCACCAAAGUUAAGGCAAGCCGGAUUUAUUCGAAGCCCCGAGCAGAUCCGCGUGCGAUGGAAGCAGCUCAAACAGACUUAUUACAGGGCAAAGAUGGUGAAUGGAAGCAGCGGUACCGAUCCAGUCAUGUGCCCACACGCGGAGAUUCUGGAAGAGCUUUUAGGACACCGACCCCUGUCCACAGCCGGCCAGAAUGGCGUAGACAUCGGCUUCAAGAGUGACAACACCUCUUCAGAAAGCGUACAAGAGCGUGUGCAGCCGGCCAGAGGUUCUGAAGACCCAGGUUCAAUUGAGUCUGAUUCGUUUUCAGAAAACGCCCCUCCAGAGAGGACUGGCACCCCUCUACCCAGUACUUCAACCAGCUUUCCUUUGCCUGAGGUCCGUGGGCCGGCUGCAGGGAGGAGACAACGGGAAACUGCACAAAUGGAAAGUUUUUUUGAACGAAUGCUCCAGAUGCAGAACUCCUGGAUCGCUGCACAGUGCCAGCAGAGUCAGGAGAGGGAGGAGCGUCUUGUUAGCAGUAUUAUGGAAAGCAAUAACAAGAUAGUUUCUACGUUGAUGGAGGGUAUCCGCAGCCUGCAGACUUCCCAGCCACGUCCUUCCAGCUGUGCCGGGAACGAGUAUGGUGAUGGGUGUCACCAGGUCUGCCAUUAUCUGUGAUGAGAGAAUUAUUUGUCAUUACAAAAACUUUGAUGAAAAAAUCUGACUUUCUAAAGUCCUGCUGUUCACACAUGUGGACAUCAAUUUUUAGGAAAAGUAUUGGCUCUAGAAAUUAGUUGUUUUUUGCUUGUUUAUUAGGUGCUACUAGUUACAAAUCAAGAAAGCGAAAUUGAAAAUGUACACAGCAGUCAUGUGGGGGUCUCAGGAGGAAGAAGGAAUAAUCCAGGUUCAGUGUAAGUUAAUCUCAGUCAGCAGCAUUUGUGUCAAAAUGUUGAUCAUUAACACAAAAAUGUAUUUAGUCUCGUCGCUACUUUUGUUUUAUAAAAGCACAAAUGUGUGUUCCAGUGAGACACUUAUAAUGGAAGUCAAUGGGGGUAAUUUUUGGAGGUUUAAAGACAGAAAUGUGACACUUAUCAUUUUAUAAAAGCACUUACAUUAAUUCUUCUGUUAAAACUUAUUUAUGUCUUAUUUCAGCUGUAAAGUUCUUUAAAUCGUCAUUUAAAAAAAAGAUAUAUAUUUAUUAUCAUUUUUUUUCUCCCAAUUUGGAACGCCCAAUUCCCACUACUUAGUAGGUCCUCGUGGUGGCGCGGUUACUCGCCUCUUAUCACGUGACUCGUUGUGCAUGACACCGCGGAGACUCACAGCAUGUGGAGGCUCAUGCUACUCUCCACGAUCCACACACAGCUCACCACACGCCCCAUUGAGAGAACCACUAAUCACCACCACGAGGAGGUUACCCCAUGUGACUCUACCCUCCCUAGCAACCGGGCCAAUAUGGUUACCCCAUGUGACUCUAUCCUCCCUAGCAAAUGGGACAAUUUGGUUACCCCAUGUGACUCUACCCUCCCUAGCAACCGGCCCAAUUUGGUUACCCCAUGUGACUCUACCCUCCCUAGCAACCGGGCCAAUUUGGUUACCCCAUGUGACUCUACCCUCCCUAGCAACCGGGACAAUUUUGUUACCCCAUGUGACUCUACCUUCCCUAGCAACCGGGCCAAUUUGGUUACCCCAUGUGACUCUACCCUCCCUAGCAACUGGCCCAAUUUGGUUACCCCAUGUGACUCUACCCUCCCUAGCAACCGGGCCAAUUUGGUUACCCCAUGUGACUCUACCCUCCCUAGCAACCGGGACAAUUUUGUUACCCCAUGUGACUCUACCUUCCCUAGCAACCGGGCCAAUUUGGUUACCCCAUGUGACUCUACCCUCCCUAGCAACUGGCCCAAUUUGGUUACCCCAUGUGACUCUACCCUCCCUAGCAACCGGACCAAUUUGGUUGCUAAGGAUAUCUGACUGGAUUCACUCAGCACACCCUGGAUUCAAACUCACGACUCCAGGUGUGAUAGUCAGCGUCAAUACUCGCGGAGAUACCCAGACCCUCCCUAGCAACCGGGCCAAUUUGGUUGCUAAGGAGACCUGACUGGAGUCACUCAGCAUGCCCUAAAUUCAAACUCACGACUCCAGGUGUGAUAGUCAGCGUCAAUACUCGCUGAGAUACACAGAAUGAAUCCCCCGAUCACAGUCAUUUUAGGGUUUUAGGCACUACGUCGUCAUGGCAACAGUAGUAUAAUGGUCUCUAUCUUCACACAGAUGUGGUUAAUAAGUGAUUUAAUGACAGUAAAAUCAUGUUAACACACAUAUUGUUCAUGUCUUGUGUCUAUACUUGUGAAACAGUAUUUUAAUGUUUACAGAUUAAACCCCAUUGACUUGCAUUGGAAGUGUCUCACUGGAACACACAAUUAAAGAAAAGGACGAACGAGUCCAAAUACAUUUUUGUGGUAAUCAACUUUCUGACACAAAUACUGUCGACUGAGAUGAACUUGAACCCGGAAUAUUCCUUUAAAUCUUGGUUGCAUAUUAAACAUUAACAUCAACCCCUUUUGUAAGAAUUGGACACUGAAUGUUAAAGGCUGUAGUUCAUAACGUUUCUAUCACAGGCAUAAUUGUGGUCUGGUUUUACAUGAGAUAUUUGUGAGUUUGUUGUCUUGAUUUCAAUAUAUUAAAGUCAAAAAACAAACCAAAAAAAGGUCAAAAAAGCUCCAAAUAAAUGUAAGUAAUCAGU